AUGGCCGCCGUCGCGCAGACCCCCACCGAUCUCAAGCGCCUCGCGUUCGUCGAGUCCGCGGCCGCGAACUCGUUCGCUUACGUCACCGGCACGACCGCGUUCGCGAAAGCGUGCGGGUACUACACCUCCGCGAAGGAGACGAACGCGCUGAAGGGCUCCAUCACGAAGAUCGAGGACCUCAUCAAGUCGUACGGCGCCCCGGUCGUGUCCAAGGUGUCCGAGAAGUACCCCGGAUACAUUACCACCGUCGACGAGAAGGUCGACACCGCGGUGAGCAUGCUCCAGAGCAUCUGGGACACGCGCAUCGCGCCCUCCGCGCCGGUCGCGUACGCGAAGAACGUCUACGCCGCCGCGCCCGGGAAGGUAGAGGAACUCAACGCGAUGCGCGAGGAGUACUUCAAGAAGAUCGAAGCGACGCUCGAGACGCUCAAGGCGCGCGCGGUGAAGCUCCCGACGGAGCUCACGUGCGCCAUCACGGCCGCGAUCGCGGAAGCGCGCGCGAAGAUCGACGACGCGCAGCUCUUCGAGAGAGUCAAGGCGGCGUACGAGACGGUUCUGAAGUACCCCGCCGUCGUCGCCGCGGUGGAGAAGGCGACGCCGGUGGCCGCACGCGCCGUGGAGAUUGGUACGCCGUACUACAACAAGGCUGUCGAGGUCGCGGGGCCGUACGUCACGAAGGUUGGCAACGUCGCCGCGCCGUACGUGAAGCCGAUCAUGGACCGCAUGUACCCGCCCGCCGCCGCGAAGGAGAUGAAAUCCCCGGAGAAGAAAUACCCGUCGCCGAAGAACCUCGACUGAGCGAACGGUCGCCUCGCGCGCGCGAACUUUAAAGAAAGAACAGAGAAAGGUAAAAUAAAUAAAUAAACGGGGGGGAUGGGACGACGAUCAUGCGUGAGGACGACGGCGCGAUCACGGACGGACGAGAGGACGAGAAGAAGAACGGGGAGGAAGACUGACGCAUGUUUCAUUUUUUAGGCUGCGACGCGCACGCGCGCGCUGUAAAACACACGAGACGAACGAAACGC